GAUAACAAACUUGAUUCAUAAAAUAAGAAGUGUGCAGUACACAAGCUAACUUCGUGUAGCUUCGUUUUACUUUGUUCUAAAAAUAAUAAAAAUUGUGAUUAAAUAAUGUCUUGUGGUAGUACAAUAAUUAAAAGAAAAUUAUUUAUUGCCAAUUUUGUGUUCGCAUUUGCCGGUCUAUAUCUUAUUAAGGAAGGGUCGUUAAUGGUGAGCAACAUUCAUAAAUACGAAGGCGCGAUACCUGAUGCUGUGGAUGAGUUCGGAUUCAUCCCAGUAUUAUCCAUACUCCUGGGUUUACUUAUGUUUUUGAUUUCCCUUUUGAGCUAUUGCUUGCCGUAUUCAUCUAGCCAUUGCAUGUUAAAAUCGGUAAUACUAGUCGUGCAAAUAGUAAUUUUGAAUUUUAACGGUUAGUUUCCAGUAUGUUUAUAUUAUGUUGAUAGUUCUUCUACUUCAAAUAACCCUAGGGACAUAUACCUUUAUACAAAUUGAAGAUAAAGAUGAUCUUAAACAAAAAAUUAAUGGUGGUCUCAAAACAUUAUAUGACGAAGCUGAAAAGGGUAAUAAAACGGCCGAAGGAAUUGUUAAUUUAAUAGAAGAAGAAUUUGAUUGUAAAGGAUAUAGUUCUAAAUUUAGUGAAAUUGGAAGCCUUCUUGAAGUAACAAAAAAAUGUGAUGAAAAGUGGUAUGACUUGAUAAAGGAUUCACUGAAAGUUACGUGUAUUGUUUUGUUAUUCUUGGUUGCUGUGGGGAUUAUCGUUAUUGUAUUUUCUUUGUGCCUGAUUAGUAUACUAAGAAGCGAAGCAAAAAGAAAACAAGAUGCGACCAAAAAUAAAAAAAAAUAUUUAUUAUCUAGCAAGUAAUUUAUUUAAAAAUUUAUUAAAAUAUUUGUAAAUGUAUUAAUUAAUUAAUAUAUUAAUUAAUUAAUUAAAUUAAAUUUAAGAAGAAGUAAGUUAGUGUAGUUGAAUAUAAAAGGUAAUUAUUGGCAUAAAUUACUGUUAAUUUGCUGUUUCAGUUUGAUUGUAAAGGGUAAUACGGUGAACUACUCUAGCUCAUCACAUUAUAUGUAUGUAUAUAUUUAAUAAGAAUGUUUAUGAGUGUAAGACUCAUCAUUCUUUGUUAUGAGCUCCAUCAGAAUCUGAAGUUCAAUUAGUUAUUAGUCAAUAUUAUAAUUUUUGGUAAACAUCUGAUUGACAUGAUAAAAUAAAUAAUUUUUAUCUUUUCAUUUAUCAUCAAUUAAAUUCAUCUCAUCUAGUUAUAAGUAUUAUGCUUUAUCAACAUUUCUCUAAUAAUAAUAAAAAUUUAUGUGGAAUAAUGUCAUGUAGUAGAAUAGUUAAAACCAUUUUAUUUAUUGUCAAUUUUGUUUUCGGAGUAAGUACCAAACACGUUUAUAUUACAAGCCACAAUACAAACAUUCAAAUAAUAUAGAGUAUUUUCGGACUAUAAGAAAAAUGGACGUCUUAUGGUUCGAAGGGAACAUUUCUAAAAAUAAUUUGAUAAGUUUGAGUUUGCCGGUCUAAUGCUAAUUAAGAAAGGGUCAUCAAUGGAUACCAUGAAUUAUAAAUACGAAGGUGACAUACCUGAUGUAGCUGAUGAAUUCGGAUCCACUCCAACACUCACCGUAUGUCUGGGUGUAAUUAUUUUUUUAAUUUCCCUUUUGGGCUGUUACGGAACGUACUCAUCCAACUCUUGCAUGUUAAAUUGGUAUGCUCUUGUCCUGUUCCUACUACUUCUACUUCAAAUAGCCUUAGGGAUUUACAUGCUUAUAAAAAUUAAAGAUAAAGAUGAUUUUAAACAACAAAUUAAUAGUGGUUUGAAAGCAUUGUAUGGAGAAGCAGACAAAGGUAUUGAAAAUGCCAAAAGAGUUGUUAAUUUAAUUGAAGGAAAUUUUGAUUGUAAAGGAUAUAGUACUAAUUUUAAGGAAAUUGGAAGACCUCCUGGAAUAACAAAAAAUUGUGAUGAAAUGUUUUAUAAUUGGUUAAAUAAUUCAGUGAAUAUUAUUGGUAUUGUUUUGUUAUCCUUGGUUGCUAUAGAGGUUCUUGGAACUGUAUUUUCUCUGUACCUGGUUAGUACACUACAGUACACCACUCACGGUCCAACUAUACAGUACGACAAUCUUGAGCAAGACAGGAAUAGUCCGAUUGAAGAAACAUGCUUAGCUGUUUUAGUACAUUAUGUCUUAAGCUUAUUAUAAACCCCAUUGAUUAUAAUAAAACUUCUUCCACCCUUUCUCAAAAGUAAAACAUACAUGUUUUUAUACCGUCAACCGUGUGUAAACUAAAAAUUAGCCUUUCCUAACAAAUAAUAAUA